CUGCCAGCUCUGGUCUGGGAAUCUACCUAGCAUUUAAAUUUUGAUGGGGAGCUGUUUUGAAUAAUAACAGUGCAGCCGGCUGUGAGUCAGUGCAUGUGUGUUGACUUAAAAAAAACCCUCAAAGCUUAAUGCUAGCUGAAUGCCGAGCUGCAGUGCUUUGCUUUUUCCCUCCUCCUUCCUUCUUUUCUUUCUUGUCUGGACUUCCUCUGUUUUGUUUUGUUCUUGGGGGCAUUUUACAUAGAUUUUUUCACUGUCAGUGGAGGGGUGGGGUAAGAGGAAUAAAAAAAAAUCUCAGCCAAAACAAAUCCUCCCCAAAAACUCACGAGCAGCUUUGCAAUGGGUGCUGUCAUGGGUACGUUCUCUUCUCUACAAACGAAACAAAGAAGACCAUCAAAAGGUCCCGUGGAAGCCAGAGGAGUUUGGUGCUGCUGCUUUUCCAAAGUGUCUGGCAAGUGCUUCCAGAGGAUAAAAUUGAGGAUGAAUUAGAAAUGACGACAGUGUGCCAUAGACCCGAGGGACUGGAACAGCUUGAAGCACAAACCAAUUUCACUAAAAGAGAACUUCAAGUUCUUUACAGAGGAUUUAAAAAUGAAUGUCCUAGUGGGGUUGUUAAUGAAGAAACAUUCAAACAGAUCUAUGCACAGUUUUUUCCUCAUGGAGAUGCCAGCAUGUAUGCACAUUACCUCUUCAAUGCCUUUGACACAGCACAGAAUGGCUCCGUGAAGUUCGAGGAUUUUGUGAUGGCAUUGUCCAUUCUGCUACGGGGAACUGUUAACGAAAAGCUGAGAUGGACAUUUAAUCUGUAUGACAUAAAUAAGGAUGGCUAUAUAAACAAGGAGGAAAUGAUGGAUAUCGUAAAGGCAAUUUAUGAUAUGAUGGGAAAAUACACGUAUCCAGUGCUCAAGGAAGAUGCACCAAGGCAGCAUGUAGAAGUGUUUUUCCAGAAAAUGGAUAAAAACAAAGAUGGAGUUGUAACUCUAGAUGAGUUUAUUGAAUCAUGUCAGGAGGACGACAAUAUCAUGCGAUCCUUACAGCUCUUUGAGAAUGUCAUGUAACCAGAUGAGCACUGGAGGAGUCUGAGACUUCUAUGUAACAAAGAUCUCCUUUCUGGGUGAAAGAUUUUACAAUUGAGCCAUGUCCAGUGUAUGACAUGUCCAACCAAAUGGCAACUGAAUGCAACCGAUCCCACCUCUUCUCCCCAGAAGAUGCUGGUGGACCUUUGUUUCGUUUUGGAAGCAUGUGAAUAUUUUAAUAAAUCCCUACAAGAGAGAACUGCUGCUCGAAGUUCAAUGAGUAAUACAGAGCAUUGUUUUCUAGGCACAAGUCCUGCUUUUAAUCUAGCAAGCUUAAUUCCUUAUGAUAGCACAUGUUGAUAGCUAUUCAGCCAUCUAUUGCAAGUGACAGCUCAGUCCAUACCUCCAUUCAGCACAAUGUUCUGUGGAUGCCUUGCUGUUAAUCUGCUUUGACAAAACCCCAAUCUACCAAGGCAGCCUGUGAAAAAAUGGUCAGUGUACCUGGGACAUUAAACAGACAGCCCAUGUAGCCAGUAUCCCCAUUUCUGCAGAGAUCCUGCUUAUUCUCUCACAUGCACUGGUGCCACCAUGCUGACUUUAGUGGAGUUGUUUCUGAACAUAUUAACCAGGUGAUCUUCAUGCCAGGGUGAGCCAGAAAGGAGCAGAAUGUGUUGCACAUAUUAAUAUAAAUGUACAGAACAAAUCCUGUUCAGGAAUCAGGUAAGUUCCCAAGAAACCAGGCAGGUGUGUAAGGGCUCAUAGAGAAAGAUGAGCACCUGCUCUGAUCCCAGCCACCUGUUGAGUCCCAGGGACAGGUGAUGCUCCACUGUGCAUCUCAGCAGCACCACGGCCAUGUGCUCUGGUCCAUUUGCUGUAGUUUGGCACACACUUUCUAGGUCAUCACUGGAUGUUACAGUAAGGUCUUGCCCCCUUUAUGGAUUUAUUCAAGCUUUCUUGUUUGACUUAGUGAAGAACAAAGAUGCAGCUGUGUUUCAACAUACAGACCUUGGCACCCACAAAGUGCCCAGGACAUUUGAUUGGGAGCUCUUGAAUUCUUAUUAGCCUCAGAAUCAGCUGCCAGGCCCAUAUUUUUUUCCCACAAGGUGGUAGCGUGCCUUGUACAAGCCCCAUUGGUGUAGGGGUUUGGUGGGUUUUUUUUAAUUAAUAAAACAGAAAAGUUCAAGUACUGAAUUUACACCAAGAUUGGAUCAUUUGUCAGCUGGGGUAUGUCAGAGCCUUCUGUGAAGAAGGCUCUUAGGAAAGUGGACCCACCAGAGUGCCAUUGCCAUCUCCAGGCAGACAAUGGCUGAGAAGCAAAGGGAAGUAGGAAACAGCCAACUUUUCCAGCUGCUUAAACCAUGCAGAUGGGACAGUCCCUGCCAUAGUGCUGCAUCAUUCCCAUCCAGUACACAUCUAUUUUUAUUGUACCACAUACCAUAUUACAGACAAACUGUUAGCACUGAAGAUAUAUUUUAAAAAUGUGGUUUUGUAAUACAGAAUAUAUAGAUGCCUCAGUUCUGUAGCCCUAAUUUUAUAAAAAUUUCAUCUAUUGAGGCAUUCCUGAUUACAGAAGUAGGUCUGAUCAGGCCUAGUAUAAUGAUAAUGGCAAUUCCCCAAGAUGGGGUAUUUUCUCCUCUUACUGUGCUCCUCCAUACACUUCUGUGUAGUCUUUAUUUCUUUAAGUUGUUCCCUUGUUAUCAGCACUGCUGUUCGAGUGAAGUUACAUGUCUGCAGGAAUGACACCUUAGUCCAUCUUGUUUAUUGGCUUUCAUACAAAGACCAUUAAUUAAUUCCUCCCAGCAGUGAUCCAGCAGCUCUGGUGAGGCGCUGAGAUUUGCAGGAGGGAGGCAAUGCUGUGGGAGCAUCUUUCCUCCAGUUGUUAGGUAUUAUCAUUUAGGCUUUAUUUAACAGGCACUUGGUAAAGACAUGAAUUAUAGCUAAAAUAAUGUUACACCAUUUACACCAUUCCUUCUUGAGUCUUCUUGCAAUCACUUUAGCAAAUGACAGAAUUUAAUAUAAUUAUCAGGUUUUCCCUCCCAUCAAAACGGCUUAGUCUAAUUUUCUAAGCAGUUCACUUCAGUAGACAGAGAAGUGGUCGGGACAAUGGAAAUGAAGGAUUUGAAUCAGGCUAGCACAGUGCCUUUUUCCUCUAAUAGCCUUGCUUCAAAGGUGCUUAUGAGAUGGCACAUAAAGACAGAAGUGUUUGGAAUGUGACCUUUUCAAAAGAAAAUAAUAUUAGUUGCAUGAUGCCAUAGUCCCUGAAGCUAAAUGAAUUUCUGGAGUUACUGUGAUGAAUUUGGCCUCAGCUGUGUUUCCUGGCCCCACUGGCAGCAGUUCUGUGGGGGCUGCCUUUGUCACCAGGGCUGUCACUGCUUUCUCUUGAGUGUGGCUCCAGCCAGCAGCAAACAGCUGGUGUCACUGUCAGUGCAUGCUGACGUGCAUUGCUGAAAUCAGCGUACCAGUACUAGCCUGCACUUCUGCCAUCUCUUUUGCUGCUCUUCUGUGCCUGCUUUGCAUUGCCAGGAACAAUGAGGGUGCAUCAGGUAGAGAGAGAGAUGCUGAUACCUACACCGAGUCUGCCCUUAGAGGAUAAUGAGCUUUGAUUUGGAUCCCACUGGAGCCAAACCCCUCCCACACACCCCUGAUGUUCAGCCCUGGGUUGAGCUCCAUGCUUCACUUGAAGCCCACAGUAGCUGAGACAGGAAUACUUGCUAAGUGUCACCCACAGCUGCGUUUUCCCAAAGCUCAGAUUGCAGAAUCUAUCUGUGGUAGAGUCCUUGCCAUUGGAAACCCAAAUAUUUCCCUGAUCUCACUGUUACAGCCAGAGGCUGGGAUGCACCAGUACAUAGAAGGCCUCUGGGGUUUCCGUCAGCAGUAUCUGUCCAUGGCAGGUGUGCUCCAGCCAGCAGGUGAGACAUCAGUGACUGUGAGAGAGCUGGUCUCUGCAUGGAAAUGGCUUUGGGUUUGUUUUUAAUGUUUUCUGUGAAUGUUACUCUACUGUAAACUUGCCAAGCCUCUGCUUGCUCAUAAAUGAGGCUUGCAAUAUUUAUGACAAACACUACCACAGAUUUCUAAAUAAAACACACUAUGCUAUUCCAGUCUCCCACCCUCAUCAAUCCUCCUGCCAGUAUGCAGAAGGCAGUUCCUGUUACAGUCAGAUUCUCUGUCAGUGCUAUCAACUGUGCACAUUUCCUCCAAGUUAUGAAUGUUUAAAUAACGUCUGAAUUGGGACUCUGACUGUUUCACUAGUUACAAACAUUAGUCUGCAUCUUCAUGCCAGCAUUUUAUAAAGAAAGCCUUUCUAACAUGCAUUUUAGAUAACAAUCUGUUGACAUAUAGGAAUGUGAGAAAUGAUAAUGGAAAAAAAAAAAGGUACUGUGCCUCCUGUUCUUUGGCUGUUUGUUUUCCUGUUCCUCUGAAUGCAAUGCAAUAUUGUGAGUAACCAUGAGCCAAGAUAAAAGCUUGAGACACAAAUACCCUGAGGUUUAGGCAUCGUGGGCAGUGGCAUUUCUUGACUGCAAUAUGUGUUGAGGACAAAAACCCUUGUGUCCAUGGGUCACCUCUGAUGAGAUGGUAGCAGCAGUGUGUCAAACUUUUCUUCUUCUUUAUGGAAGUGCCAUGAAAGACCUAAAGAAAUGUGCAAAUAAUGUAAAUUGUGAUAACUAAAGCCAUGUUAAUGGAUCAGCCAUGUAUAGCUUCACUGUUACAAAUGAUGUACACUAUUCUCUGAUGGCAGUUUGUAUUCAAUUUUGUUGAAUGGUUUAAAAAAUGUUGGUUUUAAUAAUAAAAAUAAAUACCUGUAGGAGGGUGUUCUUUCUUAAACCCAGUAUGUAUUUUUUCUCAAGGGACACUGUCAGGUUAAAAUUUGUAAUGAAACUUAUAAAAGUGUGAUUCAAACAUAUCCGGGGGGGGGAAUGGGCUUUGAAACUGAAUUGUGCUGUGAGCUAACUCAUGCCAAUGAUUUAUUUGUAUCACAGAUUCAGGGAUGCUCUUACAUUUGAUGUGGUGACAUACACUGAACUGAUAGUUUGGCCCUUGUGUAAAGUUCAGAAAUGUUCUUCUAUCUGCACCACUGAUAGUAACUUAGGGUGGUGAAAACCGAAAGCUUACAGACAUGUCUUUUCCCUUCCACAGUUCUGCUUAAGUAUAAGCAGGAAGGCAGACAAUCACAUUGAAGAAAGAAAUGAAAACACUAUUUUAUGUUAUAGAUAAGAAAAAUAACCCAAAACCUCACAGUGUCCCUUUAGCUUUGGUUUAUUGUAAGCAUCCAUUCUGACACAUGGAGGAAUGCAGAAGCGAUUUUGCCAGACUAUAUAUAUGUGUGUACAUAUAUAUAUAUAUAUGUUUGCUAGACUCCAUUUUGUAGAGUAUUAUCUGUCUACCACUACAUCCCAGGAAAAAGAACAUCCAUGCAGAAAUAUGAAAAUAAAGGUGUCUGUGUGAAACGUGGUCUUGGUGUCACUGCAGUGCCUGCCCAGCAGCCGCUCCCGCAGGCAUCUCCUGCUCCCAGAGACAUCAGGGCCCUCUGGACAAUGCCAGACUGGAAUUCUUGCUCCUUCUGCAAGAAGAAGGUGUGCUAACUGCCUGUUCAACACCUCUGACUCCCUGGGAUGUGUCCCAGCUGCUGCUAGGCAAAGCAGGCUCGGGCUCAAAGCACGUGCGUAGGCUUUUUGUUCGCUUUUUGGCUGAGGUUUGUUCGAGUGGCUGGUGAAGCCUCAGUUACUGCUAUGAGAUAUUGGACAGCUCUAGUUUUAUUCUGAGUCCAUCACUACUGCAGUCUGAGAAUCUUGUCCUGCUUCUUCAGGGGUCCAGGGCAUUGCAUCUGAUGGAUGGAGGGGCAGUGGGGAGGGAGCACCUCUGCACUGGCCCAGGGGCUGUCUCUCACUCUGGAGCACAGGGGGCGAACCUCAGGCGUGUGCCACAACUCAGCAUAUGAAAGGUUACUUUUAAAUCAAAUAAUAGCCUUUUUUUUUUUUUUUUUAACUGAGAAAUUAAUUUUUUAACCUUUGCUUAACCACACAGGUCCAGCAAACUGGAAAGGGAGGAGGCCUGGACAUGUUGGCACAUGAAGUCCUUUCAUCAUAUCAGAUCUGCACUGUGCAGGAUCAGGCAUGGGAGCUGCAGGAGCAGAAAUUCUGUGUGAUGGAGAGCUUCUGAUGGACCCACCCCUGCUGCUUGGCCAGGAGAGCCUGGUUCUCUAUGAAUGGACCUGUCCCCACUACCCUCCAGGUGGGAAAUAAUGAACUGAAGCUCUCCAGAGACUCACUGAAUGUGGUUAUUUCCAGCCUGUUCUGUUAAAACUUCCCUUGUUGUCUUGCAGAGGAAAGUCUGUCUUUCUCCAUCUGUUCUUGUAGAGACUGGGAAUUGCUGUGGGGCUCUGGCUGGAAGCCCCCAUGGCAGGAAGGUGCCUCCUGAGCACAAGGUGAGUUGUCACAUUGCCUGGGACAUUCUCCUGGGAACUCACCUACUGUUCUGUCCCUGUGCACAGCAGCCUGUGUGUAGCCUGGGGGACAUGGAGUGAUCCACACUUCUUGUUCAGGACUUCUGCAAGGGGUGGACAGGGUUCCUGGUGGUGAGGAGAGGGGAAUGUUUCCUUUAGAACCUGGGACACUUCCAAAGUUACUUGUUGGGAUUUGCACCCACAGCCAGCAGCCAUGAAAUGGAGAAGGGGAACAGCACCAGGGCAGAGUUCCCCUUGCAGGAAUCUGCUCUGGUCUGAAGUCUGGCUGGAGAAGAUGGGCCUGGAUGGUCACUGCCCUCACCCAGAUAACAAAGCACGAGAAUGAGCCCAAAUGCUCCUCACUCCCUUCCUUGCAGCACAGCUUUUCUAAGGACAUCUCAAACCCAGCCCCAGUUCCCUCUGUGUUGACUUAUGGAAAACACCAGGGAUAUACUGCCCCAGCAUUUUAGAGUCUGUAUUUGCUCUUUACACUGCAGAGAGUCAAGGAGUGAAUAUACUGAUGUUGUGAAGGAUGCAGGGGAAGGUCCACUGCUAGUAAUGUCCAGUCAUCUUGUUAAAAUGUCUCUGAAAAGUUAGUUCCAGGAUUUUCCGGAAGAAUAAUAAGAUGUUGAAAAAUGUUGAUUAAAAAAAAAAAAAUCCAAGACUGAUUUUACAAUCCCGGGGUUAAAUUCAAUUUGUUGACAUUUUCACAGAAACUGAUCCAACCUUUGUGUUCUAAUUAUCUUACUGAUUUACUUAUAAAUGAAUAUAAAUUGAAAAUACAUAACACUGUAAAUAUACAUGAAGAUAAAUGUCAGCACAAUGUUUUCUGUCUGAACAAAUCUGAAUUUUAGAGAACUCAGAACACGAAGAAGUACCAAAGCCUUGUUCCCUUCACACAGCACAAACUGUUAUGGAAAAGCAUUUGUCACCAACCAGUUAUAAGUAAAAAGAAUAUUACCCCAUUGUAAUGGGUGAGCAUUGCACUGGUGGGAGGCACAGUAUCUGUGCUGUAACUGAUCAUGAGGAAAACUUUUUGGAAAAACUCAU